GCCGCCGGCUGCACGAGCGUUUCAGCCUGCUCGCGUGCACAGUGUACAGACACGGAGCAGGAUUCACUGUGGGAUUUAUUACUCGGACCGAGACAACUCCUGGAUUAUCAAGUGUCGUUUUUGUUCUCCGCUUUGUUGUUAUUAUUUUUUUUAUUAUUAUUUAUAUUUAUAUUGUGUAUAUAUAUAUUUUAAAUUCUGAGCUUAAGAAACAACCUGCCGUGAUGGCUCGAGAUCCGGAACAUGUGAGCAAGCUCACUGAAAGUACCUUUAAGAAUGUAAUGGACCAGUUCAACCCAGGCCUGAGGAACCUGGUCAACCUUGGAAAGAGCUAUGAGAAAUCAGUCACAGCAAUGGCUCUUGCUGGAAAGGCUUAUUUCGAUGCAGUGUCAAAGAUCGGAGAAACUGCUAUCGUGUCUCCAGUCUCCAGAGAGCUCGGUGUGGUUCUGAUGGAGAUUGCAGAAGCCCAGAAGAAGGUCCAUAGUGACCUGGAAGAUAACUUCAAGAGAUUCCACAGAGAUGUUAUUAUCGAGCUGGAGAAGAAGACAGAGAUGGAUGUCAAAUACAUGAACGCCACCUUCAAGCGCUAUCAGUCAGAGCACAAGGUGAAACAGGAAUCCCUAGACCGUUCUCAGACAGACCUGAAGAAGCUCAGGAGGAAAAGUCAGGGAAAGCACUCAUCCAAAUAUGAGCUCAGAGAGAACGAGUACUUGCAGACUAUCUCAUCACGCCAGAUGGACAUGCAGAAGUUCAUUGCUGACGGCUGCAGAGAGGCCUUGCUGGAAGAAAAGCGACGCUUCUGUUUCCUGGCGGACAAACACUGCAUGUUCUCCUGUCAAAUUAGCAACUUCUACGAGAACGCCAAAGAAAUACUGUCGGUGAAGAUCCCCACCUGGCAGGAAAAGUGCAGCGACAUCACCAAGGUGCCAGACUCGGUGGUGAGCAUGAUAGAAGGGCUGUCCGUCGUUCCACAACAAUCACCGCUGGUUGAUCACUAUAACAGGGUCAAUGUGGACUCUGGCCCUCCUCCAGCACCACCCCUCAAAGCUCAGUUCAGCCCACUUGCCAACAUGUUUAAUCAAGAGCCCACAUUUCCGUUUAACUCCUCUUCAGACCACAACUCAGAUCAGGGCAGUAUUGGAGAUGGCAGUCUGUCGAGAUCUACAUCCCAGUCGUCUGGUCUGAACGUGAGCAAGAAGUUCCGGGUUAGAACCAUUUUCCCUCACACAGCAGGCAACAACAACACACUCCUCAGCUUCGAUGAAGGCGACAUCAUCACUCUGCUCAUCCAGGAAGAGAAGGACGGCUGGUUGUACGGAGAGCUGGAGAACACUCAGCAGCGGGGCUGGUUUCCCUCAUCCUAUUGUCGAACUUACACUGAGUCAGUGGUAUCAAAUAGUAGUAAUCUAGGCACGCCGGUGCAUCGUCUUAGUACGAUUAGCCUGCCAGAGACUGAGGAGGACGACGACGAAACAGUGUUGCUGCCACCACCAGACUACAGCGACAACGCCCCCUCCAGCCCGGUCGUCCUCUCAAUGCCUUCGCCAGUAAACACGGUUUCUUUAGUUAAUGGGACUCCAAAGGCUCCUUUUCUUGCAGGAGGGAACCCCUUUGCCAUGGUCAAGCUGAAGCCGACUGUCACAAAUGACAGAUCUGCACCACUCAUCUAACUCAAAGCUUAUUAGGGUGGGGGGGGGUUCUUCACCGCUGUUAUGCCUUCAGGGGACUCUUGUACUGGAAUCAUACAACCCCCUCUGCGACACACUGACUAUCUCCCCAACCCAACAUCUCACCAGCCUGCAUGCUAGUUUUGUUUUCCUCAGUACCAGCGCGUGUUUUAUCAUCAGCCACCACACGAUAACCCACAUUUGGAGACGCGGGAAUUGUGAAAAACUGUGGACAAAGAAAAUGUUUGGUGUGUUCUUCUGGUUUGAGUUUGUGUAACAAGUAAACAUUCACAACAAAAUGAACAUUUAGACUUCACUCUGAUCCCUGUCGUUUUAGUAAAAGUAGCAUUUAAAUUGGCGAACGUGUUGCAUUUCCUGUGGCUGCUUUGCAGUGAAAGCCGCCAUGUGAUCUGCAGUGCCAUUAGAAAGUAUUUGCUUUAUGUUGUUUACCAGGAACUUAAUAUGACUCCUGAUACUGAGCGGAGACAGAAAACUGUAAACAGUGAGGCUGUUAUCAAAGUAAUCAAAUUGCACUGAAUUGCAGUCAUGCGUCUUUAAAACAGUCCAGAGAAAUCCAGCAGAAGAUUUUUCCUCUGUCAUUACCAGGGAAAACUGCACAUACACAGCUACACCAAGUAAACUGGUUGAACGACCACUGCUUUUUACUCCUCAGUCGUAAAAGGCUGAUGGGGUAUUGUUGUCACCCUGCUGGGCGGACAGGGAAUGGACACCCAAGUUUGAAAUUCGUCCCAUAGGCACAGCUACUAUAAAAAUCUUUGAGAAGUUCUCUAGGUGAAGACGGGGGUAAUGUCUACUAGGAGGCUGAGGGGUGGCACAGGCAGCCACCAGAAUUUUGGGGCUUUUUCUGCACUUUAUCUUUGCUUCUUUGGAGAGGAUCAAAGGGAUCAGUGCUUUCUUUUUCAAUCUGACAGAAGAACUAAGAGGCCAGGUAUCCUUUAUAUUCUAGUUUGGCCACACUCCUUUAACAGUCUUCCACCUACUCCCGGCGUUUUGGGUACUAACAAUUGUAAAACAUUAGGAGCUCUACUUGCCUAAUUUUCCUCUAUGUAUUUGAAUAUAUAAAUUGCCUUUUGUUCUUCUUAUAAGGCCUAGGUAAAAUUAUUGGGGAUUUCCAUUUAUUAACCAAAACAUUACUGAUAUGCUGUAGGGUAGAUGAAGUCUUUGUUUUCAUUUUGGAAUGAACCGGUCUCUUUAUUGCUUUGUAAGACACUCGGUCAGGCUUGUUUCAAUGAAAAAUGAUGAGAUCCAGAUGUAAACGUUUGCUACCUGAUACUGAUGAAACAGACAAGCAUACAGGUUGUCUACCUGACUUGCCAAAAUAUCUUUAUCUUUAGUUCUUUCUUUUUUUACUAGUUAUUUCUGUUUGUUUUUUUUGUCAAGGUAUUUAGUUGUGAGAAUGAAGGGAGAGUGAUAUUGGGAAAGAAGGGGUUUGUCAUUGGAUUAAAGGCAAAAACACUAAGUCACAGUUUUGAAUGACAAAGGUAUUUAUAUAUAAAAUAAGUUUGUAUGAAAUAUUUAAUAAACCUGUAAACAAAAGUCAGACACAGCAGUCACCACGCUCAGUCCGAGCCAUGGAUGCCACUUUUUUUUUUUUUCUUUUUUUUAGGCCUGACUGCUGCUUUUGCAUAUUAAAUGGAUAAGAUGACCUUUUGAUGAAGGGAAUUAUUUCACUCCUCAUUGUUUGUUUCGUAGUUGUUAUAUGUAGCUUCUGUGCACAACAGUUUAUGCAAAA